AUGGCUAAAAGACCUUUAGGUUUAGGUAAAAAGAACAGGGAAAAGAGGAGAAAACUUGAGGAUUCUGCUGUCACUCAAUCAUCAGAUGAUAAAGAAAAGUCACCAACUCCAAGCAACCAGAUUGACAUUGAGUUAAAGGAUAAUACAGACCCCGAUAACGAAUUACAUCAAUUAGAAGGGUUAUGGUUAAACUACUUCAAUUCUGAUAGAGAAGAUGAAAUGUUGUUGAAUGGUAUUGUGCAUGAAUGUGACAGAUUAUUACGUGAAGCUAAAUUGAACAACCAAUCUGCUAUCGAAAAGCAAAUUGCUGAAAAUGAAAUAUUUUAUGCCAUCUACGCUCUAGCUUUAUCUGAGUUGACUAUCUUCAAAUCUGGUGAGGAAGAGGAUUCUGAAAAGAAGUCAAAAUUAAUUGCCGAAUUUUUCGAAAAUGCCAUUGACAGAUGUGAAGCUGGUUUAACCAACUUACCAGAUUCAGAAUUAUUAAAUUUGGUUCAUUCUAAAAUCAUACUGCAAAGAAUUCCUUUACAAUAUAUCUCAACAAUGAAACUAGAUUCUAAGAAAACUGAGAAACUAGACUUAUUAUCCCUUUUUGAAUUGGCAAAAAAGAAAUACUUCAACAUUAGCAAGCAUGCCGAUUUAAGUUAUGAAGUAUUAAUUAUGAUGAACGAUUUAUUAGACAUCAUUGAAAACUUCGGUCAUGAAAACGAAAUUGAAGAAGGUUUAGAUAGUGACAACGAAGAAGAUUUAGAAAUGGUUGAAUUAUCAGAAGAACAUCCUCUAUUUGACUUGCAAACAAAAGUUAGUGAAAAUUACGAUUGGUUAAGAGAGAAAUUAAGUGAACUUACAGGUUUAGUUUCUGCUGAGGAUAAUAAAUCUCUAUUCCACAACAUUCACAGGACCGCUGGUGAACUAUUCCUAAAGCAAGCUGAAGAACCAGCUUUAAUUUUCAUGCAACAAUACGACAACGAUGAACCUAAAGUAGAUGUCAGCAAAUUAAAGAAAGCACAAAAGGAAUCUUUGGACUUGACAACUAAUGCUUUGAAAUAUUUAAAGAAAGCUCAAAUCGAAGACGAACCAAAGACAUGGGUCCAAGUUGCAGAAGCCUAUAUCGACUUAGGUAACUUACACGAUUAUAAAUCAAAAGAACAAGAGAAUGCUUAUUCUGAGGCUGAAAAAAUCUUAACUAGAGCUAACAAAGCUACCAACGGGAAGUUUCAAAUUAUCUUAGAUAAUCUACUGGAAAAUUAA